CUUAGGCGCAGCAACCAUGGGAAAGCAGCGAGAGGGGCAUCUUGAGAGGACCGCGGCUGAGCCGAGAGAUGCAGAUUUCCAUGAGGUGCGGCUGGGUCGGGUUGAGCAAGUCAAUGAGAGAGUGAGGCUGUUUCGACUAGAUCUUGUAUCUGGUCCUAUAAAGUUCUUGCCCGGCCAAUGGCUCGACACAUACAUCCCCGACGUGCCCAAAGCAGGCGGCUUCACCAUCACAUCCGCCCCUUCAGCCGCUCUCACGGGCCCAUCGCCGUACUUGGAGCUCGCGGUGCAGGAAUCGCCCGAGAACGAACCCGCGGCCUGGCUGUGGCGACCCGUGGGCGAAAUUCUGGGCGCGAGGCUGCGUGUUCGCGUGGGUGGCAGGUUCGUCUUUCCUCCCCAGAGCGGCGGCGAGGGUGUUGCUGCUUCUGUUUUGAAGAGAGUCGUUUUCGUUGCUGGUGGCGUGGGAGUGAAUCCCCUGGUGAGCAUGCUGAGCUACAUUGCCGAGGGCCAUGAGCGAGAUGCUGCCGCUCUGGAUGUGAGCUUCAUGUACGCAAGCAAGAUGCCAACGAGCGGCAAUCUCUCCGAUAUUGUCUUCCUCGAUAGGAUUACUCGGGAUUUUGGAGAGGGUAAAGUGAAGGGCAAGGUGAAGCUGUUUAUAACAGCUGCUAGAGACGUUGCAACUUCACAGCAGCAGCAAGAGACGAGAUAUAUCAAUGGAGCUCCAGUGGAGAUGCAGCCGCGCCGCCUUACGAUUGCGGAUAUUGGCGAAGCAAUUGGAGGCGAGGACCAUGAAGGGACUGUUGUGUAUGUGUGUGGACCGCCGCCAAUGACGGAUGAGCUGGUUGAGAAGCUCGCGGCGGUGAUGGAUUCGCGCCGUGUUUUGACGGAGAGAUGGUGGUGACGGGAAUGUUCAUUUCAUAACAGCUGCAAUAGUUGACUAGCUCAUCAAUGGGCGAGAGAUAUAGUCACGUCAAGUGUUUCAUAUGCAGAGCUGAAUUCAUGAUAGCGAUAUGUAUGUAUAUAUGCCCGUAUGCGCACGCGCGACCCCAACGCCCAUGGUAUCAAUCAAUACGGCCGUCCCAGUAGUCCAAUUUCGCUGGCAAUUGUCCUCCCCCUUUCCAUCAUAUAAAUACUAUUUGCGCAAAAAGCUCAUACCACCCAGCGAACCAAAGCGAAUACCAAUCUUUAAUUUAUCUCUUCCCUCAGCAACUCAUGAAAACAAAUCCUCAGCUUUUUGUCUCCUUUUCGGCUGAUUCGCAUUGAAUAAUUCCUUGCCGGCAUUACCUGACCCAAAUUUACCAGGGAAUAACUCUUGCGCGUUGGCUGCUCCCUUUAUCGAAAACCCACUGCCUCCGGUUCGCUGAGAAGCAGCACCUCGAAUGUUUAAGCCAUCGCCUGUUGAUUCGGCAACGAUCUUGGGCAUGUCCUCCUCUUUCAAAUGAGCCGAGCCAAUGGACUUUUCGAGCUGGUCUAGCAUUCCACCUCCCCCUCUACUAGACGGCUUAGUAGGGAAGAGCUCUUUCGAUCUAGAUUCGCUUGCGAGGCGGCCUCGAAUGGCCCGAGCCUUUUCUCUAUUACCUGACGAGCUGGCAAAGCUAUCCAUAGCUGCAUCUCCAUCACCGUCGCGGCGAGGGGACGCUGAUCUGUCCCUUCUGGAGGUCGAUCGUCCAACACUGCGGCCCGAGAAUAGCUCUUUACCGCG